AUGAAUCCGUAUAGCCAGUCCUCUGGUUAUAUGGGCCUUCUUCACAGUCAACAGAAAAGUGUUCUCCAUGAAAAUUCUCCUUAUGAGAGUUUUCAUUCUCGAUCUUCAGAAAUCCCUCAAUUCAGUUCUCAACAAUGUGAGGCUCAAACUCCACCUACAGACAUACCCGUGGAGCGUGGGAAGAGACACAAAUGGAUCCCAGCGGAUGACGAGCUUCUAAUCAGUCCCUGGGAACAUCUCCAUUAUAAGCAGAGGUGGCACAAGAUCAAUGAUCAAACUAACAAGUUUUGUGGUGCAUAUGCGGCUGCAAAGAGGCAAAUUAGUAGUGGUCAGAAUGAUAACGAUGUUCUGAAGGUGGCCCAUGACAUCUUCUACUCUGAUCAGGAAUCGAAAUUUACACUUGAGCAUGCUUGGUGUGUGUUGAGGCAUGAACAGAAAUGGCUUAGCCUCAACACCACCAAAGCUUGUGGAAGUUCAAAGAGGAAAAGCGGUUCCCAACUGUCUUCCACCAGUGUUACUGACCAUGAGAUCCGGCCUGAAGGUGUCAAGGCUGCAAAAGCUAAAAGGAGUAAUGGUCAGGGGAAGUCGGUUGCUGAUUAUACAAGCGUUUAG